AUGCGCCCAGUUAGGACCAGUGCUUCUUCACGGGCCAUCCCCUCUGCUUCCCCACACCAUCUCACCAUGGUUCACGCCCAGGUCGAUGCCACCCGCGAGGGUAUUGAAGCUAACCCUCCGGUCGCUGUCAUGAGCACCGUUGAGUCUGGCGCACCUCUCGCCCAAGUCCCUUCCAUCGUCGGCGCUUACAGGGAGGACGGCCAGAUCGCUAUCGUCAACGAUGGCUCUCCCUUCCCCGUCGAUCCCAAUCUGCCAGAGGAAACCGCCCAACUCACCUGGCGAGCGGUUAUCAUUGGUAGUCUGCUUGGGUUGAUUGUCGGUGCCUCGAACGUUUAUCUCGGUCUCAAGACGGGCUUCACCUUUGGUGCUGGUCUAUUCGGUGCUAUCUUUGGUUUCGCCAUCAUCAAGCCUCUAUCACACGUUCUUCCUGAGAAGCUUGGCGGUGGUUACUUCGGUCCCAAAGAGAACGCGGUGGUUCAAACGGCAGCUACCUCGGCUGGUAGCUUGACUGGUCUUUUCGUCGCUGCUGUUCCCGCCAUGUACCACCUCGGCCUCAUGAAGACACCCAAAGAGGAUAUCGGCCGUUUGUUCACUCUCACUAUCAUUACUGCCUUUUACGGAUUGUUCUUUGCUAUUCCCCUGCGCAAAUACUACAUCCUGAAACAGCGUUUGGUCUUCCCUUCGCCAACCGCUACCGCGUUCACUAUCCGCUCCCUCCAUGACACCACCACCCCUGCUGCACGUAUCGCUGCUGCCAAGAAGAUCAAGAUUCUUGCGAUCUCGUUUGUCGGUUCUUUGACCUUCAAGACCGUCUCGCAGUAUGCUCCAGGUAUCCUCUGGGACUGGCAUAUCUUCUGGUGGCUGUACACUUGGGGAUGGAAGGGAAUCAUCAGCGCCGAGUCCUGGGGUUGGGUCAUCGAGCUCACUCCUGCCUUCUUCGGUGCCGGUAUGCUUUCGGGUCUCAACGCGUCCUGGUCCUUCAUGCUCGGCUCCAUUCUCGCUUGGGGUGUAAUCGGUCCCGUCCUCGUCAAGCAGGGUAAGGCAUUCGGUGUCCCUCAAGAUGAGACUAUUCCAGGCUGGAUGGCAUACACCUCCAUGAGCUCCAAGGAUUAUAUCAACCGUCCUUCCCCUCGUUACUGGUUGCUUUGGCCUGGUGUUUUCCUGAUGGUCUGCUACUCGUUCGCUGAGAUCGCAUUCUCUGCUCCCAUCUUCUGGUCAGCGAUGAAGUCGGCCUACAGGGAUGCUCGCUACAAGCUCCGCGAGACUCAGGCUCGCCGCAAGGGCCAGGAAUUCAACGAGCCCAAGCCCGAGGGUUACGAGGCUAUGGAAGAUCCCGCACCACCACACGAGCAGGUUCCUGUCUGGGCCUGGGUCACCGGUUUGGCUCUCUCCAUCGUCGCUACCCUCGUCGUCGGUCACUUCCAGUUCCAUCUCGAUGCUGGUGUCGGUAUUGUUUCCCUCCUCCUCGCCUUCUUGUUCGCCUUUAUCGGUGUCCAGUCCUCGGGCACCACUGAUGUUAACCCCGUCGGUGUUAUCGCCAAGGCCUCCCAACUCGUUAUUGGUGGUAUCACCAAGGCUCAGGGCAUCCCUCUCAAGGAGGCUCAACUUGCCAACUUGGUCGCUGGUUCCGUCGCCGGUCAAGCCGCAUCGCACGCUGUCGACAUGACUGGUGAUCUCAAGACCGGCCACCUCCUGCGCGCAUCCCCCGCUGCGAUGUUCUGGUCUCAGAUCGCUGGCUCGUUCAUCGGUAUCUGGCUGUCCGUCGGCCUCUUCGUCCUUUUCGCGACCGCCUACCCAUGCUUGACCGAUCUCGAGAUCCCGUGCACGAGCUUCGGUAUGCCCGCUGUCUCUGCAUGGCGCUCGGUCACCAUCGCCGUCACCGCCCCCACUCUACCCAUCCCUCACUCCUCCGGCAUGUGCGCCAUUGCCCUCGGUAUCGCCGCCGCGGCAACCGUCGUAGUCAAGCACCUCUGGAUCCCACAAAAGUACCACAAGUGGAUCCCGAACUGGAACGGUAUCGGUCUCGGCUUUGUCGUUCCUCAGACCUACUACCCUAUCGCCAUGAUCGUCGGUGCCCACGUCGCCUACACCUGGGAGUCCCGACGCCCCAAGAGCGCUGAGAUUUGGAUCUUUGCGCUCGCGGCUGGUUUGAUUGCCGGAGAGGGCAUGGGUGGUGUCCUCAGCGCGCUCUUGACAAUUGUUAAAAAAAAUGAACAUUUCGGAUGGCGUGACGGAAUAUCCCAACCCUUCGUCGAAGGAUACACGACUGACAAAUAUCAAACUGGACAAACAAAGAUUCCUCCAGACGUCGCGUUAAAGGAUGGUGUUAUAGGACAUGAAAAUCAGGCGAAUGCGGCUAAGUUAUUUGGUUCUCGAUUGUUUGGGCGUUGGCCAUCCGGUACUCCGCUGGAGAAGCAACCUGCUGAAGAUCGCGGCGUACCUGAAGAUGAACUCAAUUCCUUCGAUUACAAAAAGGUCAAGUCGCCAAAUUGUCCGUUUGCAGCUCAUAUACGCAAGACAAAUCCUCGGAAUGACUUACCCGGAAAUUUUACUGUGAAUUCAAGUAUAGUAAGGGCUGGUAUCCCAUACGGUGAAGAGAUCAAAGAAGAUUCACAAGAAAAGAGAGAGAACAGAACGAUAAUCGACCGAGGGUUAGCUUUCGUUGCCUACCAGAGUAUUAUAAAAGAGGGUUUCAUAGAACAACAGAAACAAUGGGCGAAUAACCCAGACUUCCCUCCUAACCCCCUCCAUGAAAUAGUCCCCGGGUUUGAUGGAAUCAUUGGCCAAAACAACAAGCCCGGUGAUGCCCGUGUGCGUAAUGGGAUAGAUGGCCUGAAGAUAUCCAAAGACUUCGUCCAUCCUCGAGCAGGAUGCUAUUUCUUUGUUCCUUCUAUUCCAGCACUCCAUGAGUACUUUUCAGGUUAA